AUGUGUUUGGUUGGUCAACGUAAUGGAAUCCCCCAUUCCAUAAGUCAUUCCAUUCCCUCAAAUUCAUUUUAUCCACUCCCACUGUUUUUUCCCCAUUUCAUUCCCUCUCUCACCCUACGUCACAAAAACCGCCCAUCACCACCACCACCAUCUUCCGCCACCACCACUUGCCAUCGUCACCAUCCGCCACCAACCUCCGCCGACCACCACCAUCGUCCUGCGCCACCACCGCCAUUGACUACCAUCGUUGCCACCCGCCAUUGCAGACCUCGACCACUACCACCACCCUCCGCCGACCACGACCACCACCACCAUCCUCCGCUGCCACCACCCGCCACUGUCGACCACCGCCACCCCGACCGCCGACCACCGCCACCCUCCGCCGACUGGCCAACCCGACCACUACCACCACCCUCCACCGACCACCACCACCAUCAUCAUCCGCGGCCACCACCUGCCGUCGUCGACCACGACCACCCACCGUCGUCGCCACGACCACCACCUGCCGCCACCACAAUCUCCGCCACCCGCCACCGCAGACCACCGCCAACCCUGAACAUCGUCGCCGCCACCGCUAACAACCGUCACCCACCGACCAUCGCCACCCACCGUUACUACCACCGCCACCCAUCACUGCCACCGCCACUAGCCGCCACCGAUCACCGCCACCACUCAUCGCUGAUUUAG